AUGUAUUUAUAUUUCAGAAAUGUUUAUUUGUGUGAAAAAAGAAAUAAAAUUUUAACAAUCGUCAAAGACAUAGAGCUCAAUAUAAGAAUACCAGCGCACGACCAGGAUAUUGUAAACGAAGUGAAGAUAUUGUCAUCAUUGAAACAUCCCAAUGUCAUAAGGUUUUAUGAUUAUCACUACGCAGAAAACUAUGCCUUUAUUUCUAUGGAGUACGCAACAGGCGGAAAUUUAGCGGAAUUUAUGUAUCAAAGAUGCCCCAAAUUAAUAAAACAAGAGGAAAUAUUAUUAUACUAUAGUCAAGUAUUAUUAGGGGUAAAUUACAUUCAUAGUUUGGACAUCAUUCAUAGAGAUAUAAAAGCUGAGAAUAUUCUACUCACUGGGAAGAAUGGUGUUAUAGUAAAGAUCGGCGACUUUGGAAUAUCAAAGAUGCUGGCCAGUGUGAAGAAAACGUCGACAGUCAUAGGAACACCAUAUUAUUUAGCACCGGAACUCUGCGAAGGUGAGCCAUAUGACACGAAGAGCGAUGUGUGGGCGCUAGGCUGCUUGCUAUAUGAAAUGUGCACACAUAAAAGAGCUUUUGAUGCUGAAACAUUAGUUGGUUUAGUGAAAGCAAUCACUAGUGGAAGUGUGCAUCCAAUUGACUUGAAUGUAUAUGACCGGGGUAUUCAAGAUGUGAUUGACUCAAUGUUAUCUGUACUACCAGCUAAGCGACCUUCCAUCAAACAACUUAUGGGUCGAAACAUUUUAUUAUUUAUGUCAUACACAGUAUUUCUAAACGCAGGGGACGAAGAUUUUAUGAAUAAGUUUCUAGAAGAAAUAAUACAAUAAUUUAGGAUUCUGGAUUUUUUGU